AUGAGACUGAAGGUGUGGGUGGCUCCAGUGUCUUACCUGCAGAUGAGCAGCACUCCCAAACUCUACACAGCCAACAGGAUGCCCCUCCAUGCUUUUCCCUUGGGCAUGUCACUGACUCUCACUAUUCAGUUCUACGACAGCAUUGGCCUUUGCAGUUCGGCACAGCUUCAUGCCAUCACAGAUGUACUGUCCCCAGAAUCUCAUCUGGUCUGCCAAGUGAAGUUCAGUGAAACCAUCCCAGACAUUCCAGCACACAAGGUCUUUCACGUUCAGUCUGCAUUCUACACUGAUAAAGGUGUCUAUGCCUGCAUAGUCAAGGUGAAAGCCCAGACUGAAGAUGACAUGCUGGCUCUGAGCACUGCUGAAGGCUCAGUGUAUGUGACCGUCACUCUCCUCAGCAAGCAGGGCCAAGACCAAACCCAGACAGUCUUGGUUCCCUUCUUACCCACCUUUUACAUCAACCAGUCCGAAGUAGUCUUCAGCAGCAAGCAGCUGAGCAAUGAAAUUGUGGUGAUGGGAUCAAGGGAAGUGAUUGAAAAUAUACAAGCUCAGCCCAGCUCCCCAGUGAUAAGGAUGGAGCCACCCCUGUACCUUCAAGACAUGCCUGGACUUGCCUUCCCCCUUUACGUAAUGAACCUGAACUCUCUCCAUGAGAUGGCGGCACCCGUCUUUGUCAACCUCUCCUGCAGCUUAACAGGCCAAAGGGGGCUGUGUCGGUGCGGGCUUGGCCAGAAAUGCAUCUAUUUGCCUACAAUGCCUUCUUGGCCAGAAUGCACACAGUCCCUGUCGUCUAAGUUCCCACAACAAACACAAUGCAGCCAGGCUAUCUCUCUCCUCCUCGAAGUGCUCAGCAUUAUUCCAGUGCAAGAAACAGGACCCAGACAUGGCUUUGGAGUAAGAAGAUAACUAACACCCAAGGAAAGCGCCUCUCGGGGCAAUGUGGAAAGAGUAAACUGGUGAC